AUGGGUUUCCGGGCCUACCCGUUCGUGGCAAGCGGGAAGCCCGGGAGAGAUCUGAGGAGGUUUCCGGGUCACGUUAGGCUCGGUGAAGUGGUUAGGUUUAGGAGUGAGAUGUCCCAUGUGGGGUUUGCGGAGGGUCGGAAUUGGUCGGUAAGAUCGAAAAUUGGGAAUGAGAAACGUGGAUACGAUGAGGUGUACGACGCCGUGGUAGUCUACAACGGGCAUUAUACGGAGCCCCGGGUUGCAGAUAUACCUGGACCAAAACCACCUUCGCCAAUCUUGUUUGUCUCGUCAAAAUUGUUCGUGGCAGCUCAAAUUUGUUUCAGAGUAAAAGCAACUGUUUGCAAUUCGAGUCCUUCAAAUUCUGUCAAGCAAGAAGUAAAGACACCCGCAGAAGUUGCUAACAACACUAACCAAACUUUUCAGGGAGGACUCAUAGAUGAAACUUCGUCUUCAUACACAGGUACUGAAGUUGGCUUGGGAUUAAAACUAUUGCCGCCAAAGAUGGAUGCUUUUGGACCUAGCAUGAAAUUAGGAAAACAAAAAGGCAAGCCUGAAAGGGAAAAGGGGAAUUCGACUAUCUUGAGGUUUUUCCACAGUCAUGAGGAGCAUCUGCAUUCCAAAACUUUUCAAGAGAGUGGAGCAUCAGCCUCUGGAACGCAUGCGAAAAAGUGGACUUACUGGGGAAGGAAUUACUAAUGAUUGUUCUUGGGAUAAUAAUCUCUAUUCUGGCUUCAAAUGGUGAUAUAAUGCGAACUUUGGUUUAGCGAUUUUGAGAAACUGGUGAUAUAGCAUAUUUUUUCUAUUUCCUUGGGCUUUUUCCAGCAGAAGGAAGAACAUGUCAAGAGCCUAUUAUUGUUGUUUUACUCGAUUGCCGACUUUCCUAGUGUUUGUAAGAUGAUGAGAUUUUGACGGAUACUAGUGUUAUUAAUGCUAUUUGGCAUUAACAUUAUUCAUUAUUGUUUUUGUUGUAGUUUGUUUAAGUUUCCAUUUGAGUAUCAUAACUUCAAUGUUGGCUAGUCAGGGAAAUUGAGCUUCAUUGGGUUUUACUUUGUUCUGAAAAACGCGCCCACAAAGGGAGCUUAGGUAGAUAUCGCACGGGAUAUAGAUGGGAUUGUUAAUGUAAUUAAAAUAUUAUAUUUAUUAGCACUAUUUGGCUAUUGGUUGUGCACGCACACAGUCAGAC